AUGGAGCGGGGCGGCGGGGCCGGGGGGAGCCUCGAACUCGCCGGAGGCGGCGGCGGUGGCGGCGGAGGCGGCGGCGGCGGCGGAGGCAAUGCGGAUUUAUGUCUGCAGGACCUCGUAAUCGGGCCUCCGAGCAGCCUCUCGGUGCAGCAUCAUCAGCACGCAACCGCCUCGAUGACCGGCCUGCAUAGCGACCAUCUUCAGGGCGCGAUGCACCAUCACGAUCUCCACGGUAAUUCGCAUCACGAUACCUCGAUGCUGCACAAUUCCAGCCACCAGCUGCACCAUGAGCCGUUGGAGAAACUUAAACGUGUCUGGGCGCAGAGUGACUUCGGGGAUGAAACCAAUGGGGGCCUUGCGAGGCUCGACGCAGGUCAUGGCGCUCACACCCCCGGUGGUAGCAAUCCUAGUACACCGGGAGCGACUCCCACGACACCCUCCGGUGGAUAUUCCACCGGACAGCCGAGGAACCGUACAAACGCAACUCACAGACCAGAUAUUCGAAAAGGUGUACGAACACCACCAGAAGUGAAACACGAAUUGGGUACCGCUGGUGGCGUUGUUUCACCUGGGGGAGUAGUUGGAGUCAACGAUACCGACGAUAAGGAUGGCAAAAAGAACAAAAGGCAAAGGCGACAAAGGACGCAUUUUACGCAGCAUCAGCUUCAGAAUCUAGAGAUGACGUUUCUGAGAAACCGGUAUCCAGAUAUGUCAACCAGAGAAGAGAUAGCUUGCUGUACGAAUCUUACGGAAGCUCGUGUCAGGGUCUGGUUCAAGAACAGGAGGGCGAAAUGGCGGAAGAAGGAGCGUAACGCGAUGAAUGCCGCCGCGCAGGCCGCAGUGGAUUUCAAGUCGGGCUUCAGUACAGCCAGUUUGAACGGUUUCAUCACCCAACCGUUCCCGGAUCCUGACACUCUCUACAGCUCGUAUAGCACGUACAACAACUGGGCGGCCAAAGUACCAUCGCCGUUGAGCGGCAAGAGCUUCCCCUGGAUGAACACUCUGGGCUCAGUCGUGCCUGCGGCAUCGCAUCAUCAUCAUCACGCUCAGGUCAGCCCAGUGAAUCCCUUUAACGCUGCAGCGACGUCAGUCGCGGGCAGCCACGUGGGCGGCAUGUCAGUUUCGGUCGGCCAAGCGGCUACGUCUAUGUUGCCGGGCAUGGGCUCUGGUCUCGGGGUCGCGAGCUCGCCGGUCGCUGCGUCCGGCGCGGCGUGUCCGUACGCGGCGCCGGCGGCACCACAUCAUCCAUAUGGACCGCCGGUUUACACGCCUCACCAUCGUUCGCCCGAAUCCUGUACAGUGAUGACAUCGAGUAGCAUCGCGUCGCUACGAAUGAAGGCGAAACAGCAUAGCAGUGGUUAUGGCGGCGGUGGUGGCGGCUCUUUCGGCGCAGGUGGUACCGCAGGCGGUACCACAGCCGGAAGUAUAAGCCCCGUUAGUUCGAGAGCGUCUUCCGUCGGUGGUGGUGGUGGUGGUGGCGGCGGUGGUUUGAGCGCCUGUCAAUAUGCGUUAACAACAGCGGCCGGAGCAAACCCUCAUUCUCCGGGCGGUCCCGAGGCGCACGCUAACGCCACUGCCAGGGCCCAGGUCUGA